GCAGCUCUAUCGAGGCUUUACAACCUCAAAUACACAUUAAAGUAUAUACGCGGAGGAGCGAUCGUAAAUCGUCGAGAUGGCUGGCAUCUUUGAGCCGAAGCUCGCACCAGCUCUACGGACUCAUCUCGAAGGCAUUGAUCUUCAAGCACUCUCCCGCAUCGACUCCUCCCGGCUCGCGAGCAGAGCGAUACCCAAUAUCGGCUCGAUUGAGCUUGUUGACUCAAAAGACUUCGACAAAAAGUACGAUGCUCUCUACGUCAAAGAAUUCCCCAAAACCGCUGAACGUGAGCGCUCUGACCUCAUCUCCGCGCGUCUCUCCGCACAAUUUGCCGGGGAAAGAAACAGCCUAGCGCCGUAUCGGAUCGUUGGCAUCAGAGACGCUGAAGAUGAAGCUAUUGGGGCCGCUCAGUUUUCUGUCCUUCCGAUCAAGGGCGGCGAGUUUGCUGUGCCGUAUUUGCAGUACAUCUAUGUAAGAGGCGAGAACAGACGCCAAGAUAUGAGCGAAGUGCUGCAUACCAUGACACUCGCAGUUGCGGUGGCCGAUGCCAGGCAAAUGGGCAACAGGAGUAUCCCGUUCACGCUGUUUGAGACGGAGCCACCGGGGUAUGGGGACGAUGAAGAGAGUAGAGCAUUCAGUGUGACGAGAGCGCAAGUACAUGUGAAAGGGGGUGCUAUGGCUGUAGUCCUGGAGAGGGAUGGGAAGGCAAUCAGUCCGCAUGUGCAGCCUGGAUUAGAGGUUGGGGAUUUGCCAUUGAGCUUGGUGUGGGCUGUGAGACAAAGUCCCUUGCCGGGGAGAGAGUGGAAGAUAGAGGAUCUUGGGGGAGAUCUCAUGGCCGCGUAUUAUCAAAGCUUAAGGGAUGAAGGCUUCCCGGAGGAAAACAUCAGGCUUGCAGAGAGUAUAGUGAAAGAGAGGUGUAUGGAGAGUGAGUGGAGGCUGAUCUCGUUAAAUCAGGUCAAAUUCCACUACACCUAAUAUAAUGUUAUGUCCUAUAUUGGUAUUAGAAGGUUUUCGUAAGAGG